AUGGACUAUACUGCCAAUGGCAAGUUGAGACGGGCGGAUUCUAGCAAUCGUAAGACUCCCAGGCUCGCAAAGGACAUUGGCAUAGCCUUGAAAUCGAUGGACAUAUUGAAGAAAAGUGCUUCGUUAGGCGUCGUGAUUAUCGCCGCCCGCAUUGUCGAUCCUUCUGGGUCUGCAAGGACGUGCAUGACUAAGGACCGGGUGGAAGAGGCGCACAAAAAUGAAGGCGGCCCAGCCAUCCCAGCCAGAUGGAACGAGAGGGCGAAAGAAGGGGAAGCAUCUCGUAUUGAGCUGAGCGACAACGACGUCCUUUUGAUGCUGGCGACGACGAUUCCACACUUUAAGCCCGCUGGAAACCUCGACUACGUUGGCAACGAGAUUGUUAGCCGAAGGACAAGGCUGAACAAUGGUCCUGGACUAGUCGUAUUAGUGAUGCAUAGCGCUGACGUCAUCAUGAAGGCCUGGGCGAAUCGUCCUAUUGAGUUUUCCGGGGUCUCCGCGACCAUUGGAGACCUGGCUCAUCCAACGAGUUGCAAACAAACGUAUGAGGAGGGUGACGCGGUUUCUGCACAUUGCGGAGGAAUUGAAGGCUGGUUCUGGGCUGGCUGGUCGAGGAUACGACUCCAUCCUAAGAACGAAUGCAAGGCUCGACCGGGUACUCUCUGGGACCCGUACGAAGAGGCUGCUGGACUCUUGAAAUCAUCGGAAGAUGACGCAGAGAAGAGAAGUAUUGUGUUCAGGAAGCUUGCUGUGGUGAGGAGUGACGGAGUUGUGAUCCUCAGUGCCAGUGACAAGAAUCGAGAGAUGCAGGACCUGAUAAAAUGUUAG